GUCAGGCGCACAUUGCUGCAGUGGUUUCGGUCGGAGGACUAGUGCUGAGAGUUAAGUGCUCCUUUGGGCAGAGGAUUAACAGAACUCUCUGCUUGUCCAGUACAUAGUGAUGGAGGAGAAUUCACCAGCUGCAGCUUCAGACCUGACUGACAAGCAACCAGGAGAGAAGCAGACACUUCUAAAGGCCUACAAGUGGUUUACAGGCCCCAAGCAGAAUGCCAGGAGGUACAAGGAGGAAGAGGAGCAGGCAGCUACGGAGAAAGAGGGGGAAGUUGAUGGGAGCCUCAAGGAGAAUGCUCAAGGUGCAGUGCCUCCAUUGCAUGAGAGUCCCGGAGAGAUAUCCCCAAACCCCGAGGAGACAGGAAGCACAGAGCAAGACCAAAUAUCCCAGGACGAUGCAGUGAAUACAGGGAACAAGAAGGAUCCUCUCUCCAGAAGAUCUAACCAGCAGUGCAAGCAGACGGAGCUGUCUAAAUUGACAAGAGGUCCAGGCCGGAACCUGCGGAAGGUGAAGUCAGAUUCAGCAGAGAGGAUCCGGAAUUUCCUGACUUCAGUUUCCAACCGGUUAUCCAGGAAACGUUCCCUCCAGGAACCAGUUCAGGAACCACCCUCUCAAGACGAAGCUGACGCAGGGGCUGAGUGUGCCGGUCAGUCUCCUCCUAUAUCGUUGGUGCCUUCAGCUAGAGUGCCGGUCUGGGACGUCAGUAACUGCACGCUGGUCGAUGGUCAGCUCCUUUUGAUGUCACGGGAUGACGAGAGUGGCUACAGAUCACGGCUCCGUACGGGUAGUUCGAUGUCUGAGGUCAGCCUCACCCCAUCACACAACUGGGAGUCAACAUCUGGAAAGAAGACCCCUCCUGUUGUGAGAAAAUCAGAACGGACCGGAACUUCCAGUGAGGGUCCCGUGAACAACGUAAAGAAUCUGAUCAAAAAAAGAUGGAAGAAGAGGAGUCGAAGUCAAACGGAACCACUAGAUUCUCCACAGGGCAAGAGCAUCAGGCGUCAGAGCAUCCAGAAGAUAGGAGAGGCUGUAUCCUACGAGUCGUUGACAGGAUCCUUGUGCCCAAUAGAAACACUCGAUCUGACUAAUGAGACCAAUGUCAUCAUCCGGCCACUGCACAGCAGCAUUCUGGGAGAAAAGCAUUGCUUUGAGGUUAUAAACUCCAGGGGGAGUCGCUGCUUUGGCUGUGCAUCGGCUGCAGAGAGGGACAAGUGGAUGGAGAAUCUCCUUCGGACAGUCCAGCCUAACAAGGACAACUGUGAGAGAGUGGAGAACAUGCUGAGCCUGUGGGUGAACGAAGUUAAAGACCUGACACCCAGGAAGAAGUACUUCUGUGAGCUGCAUCUCGAUGGCUCCCUCUACGCCCGUACAACCAGCAAGGUUAAUGCCAAGGAGCUGUUCUGGGGGGAGCACUUCGAGUUCAACAACCUUCCCCCCAUCAGGGAAGUCACCCUGCACCUCUUCAGGGAUGAGGAUAAGAAGAGAAAGGAGAUGAGUGCCCUCGGCUCUGUCACCAUCCCGCUCGCAGAGGUCACGGGGCGCCAACACGUGGAGAAGUGGCACAGCAUCAAUAUCCAGACCCUUAACAAGGGCAAGGUGGUCAUGCCAACGAUCAGGCUCAGCCUGCGUUACCAGAAUAUCAAGGUCUUGCCCAUGGUACUUUACAAGGAGUUUGCGGAGUACCUGAUCUGUAAACAUACCACCCUGUGCACUGUGCUGGAACCAGACCUGAAGGUGAAGGAGAAGGAAGAGAUAGCCUCAGCAUUGGUUCAUGUCCUACAAAGUGUUGGCAAAGCCAAGGAAUUCCUCAUUAAGUCGGGGAUUGCAGAGGUUGACCGCUGUGAGGAAAACCAUUCUGUUCUCUUCAGGGAAAAUACCUUGACCACUAAAGCCAUCGAUGAGUACAUGAAGCUGGUGGGACAGAAGUACCUGGUGGAAACACUUGGAGACUUUGUGAUAAGGCUCUAUAAUCCUGAGGAAAAUUACGAAGUUGACCCGAACAAGUGCCCGGCCAAUGACGCACUGGAAAACCAAUCCAACAUGAGGGAAAGCUGUGAAGAAGCAUUCAGGCAAAUAAUGGAAUCCCAGUGUGUCUUUCCCGACGAGCUGAGGCAGAUAUUUGCGGCUUGGCAACAGGAGUGCGUCAACCGCGGGAAGAUGGACAUCGGCCAGCGGAUGAUUUGUGCCUCACUGUUUCUGCGAUUCCUCUGUCCGGCAAUCAUGUCUCCCAGCCUCUUCAGCCUGACCCAGGAGUACCCCAACGACAGCACCGCGCGAACCCUCACCCUCAUCGCCAAGGUCAUUCAGAACCUGGCCAACUUCACCACGUUUGAAGACAAGGAAGGUUACAUGACCUUUAUGGAUGACUUCCUGACGUCAAACUGGGAGAACAUGAAGAUCUUCCUGACAAACAUUUCCAACUCGGAGCCUAACAUGAAUCCUGUAGAGUUUGAAGGCUGUAUCGACCUCGGGCUGGAGCUCUCCAUCUUGCACUCUCUUCUCUGUGACAUUGUGUCUCGUUUGGACCAGAACAAACUUGACAGACUGCAGCCUCUCCCCGCCAUCCUCGGCAGGAUUACCCAUUUAAUGGAGAACCCAAAUGCACCGCCAACACCUCAUCAAGAGUUCAGCUCGUACAGCCGGAUGGACAAACCGUCCUACGUGGCCCCCAAGGACGUCGACCAGGUCAGCGCGUCCCUGUUGAGCCUGCCGAAGCCUUCGGCGGAAGAGCCGCACCUGGGCCACAGCAGAUUGCCAAGCAACAGCGCAGCCACGGUGAAGCGCACCCAGAGCGCGCCGGCUCGGAAGAGACCCAGCCUGGCACAGAAAUCGCCAAUUUGCCAGCUGAGUUUGGACAAGGGAGACUGUGCUGACCAGGACACCAUUACUGGCCUGCCAGGCCGAGAGUACAGCACCUUAACGAGGAUGCCGGCAUCUGGCAGGCACUCUCUAAAGUCGCCACACCCUCGCACGCAAGUCAGGUCCUACCCGAAGAUGCAGACACACCACCCUCGCCAAAUGCUGUUUGAUUCAUUCAGGAAGUCCCAAGUUCCUUGGGAACGCAAUGCAGGAAAUGAGAAGUGGUCUUCGCAGAGAGAGUCAGAAAAUCAAGGCAACAAACCUUUCGAGAAGCACGAACAAGACAUUGCCAGUCUCCAAGAGACUGUGGGGGCGAUUGACCAGGACAUCAAGGAUCUUAAAACCAGCAUGACAGAACAGGUUGAGCAAACGCUUCAACAGAGUGAGGAGAAGCAGAAAAAGGAAUUGGAAGAAAGGGACAAAUUGAUAACCAAUCUCACUAACAGGCUUGAGUCAAUUGAAGAGGAAAAGCAGAAGGAUGCUGAAAAGUUGGAAAUCGCGGCCCAGAAGAGCCAGCAGAAGAUUGAAAGUUUGGAGACUCGCCUACUUUCAAUGGAGAAACAGUAUACAGAGUUACUGAAUACCGUUGGCAAGAUAAUGGACAACCAGCAGCUAGCAGCCCCCAGCCAAGCUGCUCCUGCAGAUACCUCAGUCAAGACUCCUCCUGACAACAGUCCUGCUUCUCCUCCUGAUCCCAACACACAAACAGAUCAUGCUGAACCUCAAAUAGUGGAGAAUGGCCAAGUCAAGAAUGGCAGUGUUUAAGAACUUCGUUCAACACCUGGAAUGUGUUUCACUCUUUGGGAAAGGACAUGUGAAAUUUCAAAGUAACAAAAAUAUCACAUGCAUUCACAAUUAUUCUUGAUAACAUAUCCAAGUUCAUUAUCACAGGCAUACAUACCAAGGGUAUACUAAGUGUUUUCAUUGUGUGUGAAGUCCAAGCCUCAGAUAAAGCCAUUAAUAAUCUUAUGGGUCAUUGUGGCCAAACCCUUUGAGUGUUGGUUGAGGGGUAGACAAUGAUUGCCAGAGUUUAAAAAUGUGAACCUAAUUUGGAGUUCAGCUGACACAGUCCCACAACGCAUAUAUCACAUGUCACUGGAAGUCUACACUCCAGCUGUACCAUUACCAACUGUCCCCACAUCAAAACCACUGUAUCUUCAAAAGUCCGGUUCACAUUGAAUUCUGUUUAUAAUGUAUCACAUUUAUCGACAUAUUAGUAUGCCAUCUGACACCGUUUCAGCUGGGCUCUGUACAGGUCACACCCCUCAACUCCAAAACUCUUAUUGCACAGAUCUUUGAAUCAUUCAGUCACACUGCGACCAAUUUAAAUUGAAAACACAUUGGAGGUUGCAAAUAAUACAGUAUGUUUUGCCUUAAAUAGAGUGCUUUAAAAAAAAUAAACUGGUUCUCAGGACAGUUGUAUCUCACCUAUGACUUGUCCCCUGAGGAAGAGGUGACAAGCUACCUUCUUGCACAACAGUACUGUAGUCCAUCUGGUAAAGUGCUGCCACAGGAUCACUAACUGAUUAUAUUCUCUGUAUUAAAUUAGUAGCAAUAAGGGAAUAUCAAAAUGUGUCAAAGAUAUUGUGGUAUGCAGUUUAAAAGCAAAACUUGGAAGGAAUGUAAUUUUGGAAAAGAACAUUAUUUUGUAAACAGUUUCAAUGUAAAAAUUUUAUAUUUUUGUAUAAUAUUUUGCUCAAUGGGUGACUGAAAAUGUCAAACUUCGCUGGAAUAGAAAGCAUAUUUGGAUUAGCAAGGCUGUGUGUGUUGGUCAUUGAUUGGUAUAGGUACAGUGAGCAGGACCUAUAUUGUUCAUUUUACAAUUUUAUUUAAGAAAAUUUUGAAAAUCCUUCAUUCCCUAAGUUGUCACACAGAAAGAACAGUAGCUCAGAUUCAGCAAAUCUAAAGCUUGAUUUUUCCAAAUGCUUUGCAGGUGGUUUAAAAGAUUUAACAACAAAUUAUGAGAUAUUAAAGUGGGGUAAAUAAUUUGAAGUCUUAUAGGUGAAGCAAGGGAUGAAGAGGUUGGAAAGAGCAUUGCAGAGUUCAGGACUUCAGCCGUUCAGGGAAUGGCUGCUGGAGGCUUUGCUAGGGAAAUUAGGGAGCCUAAGAGGUCAGAAGUUCCGAGAACACAGAGGGAUACAAGACUAGGGAGAGUGCAGAGACACUGAGAGCCUUUCAGGGAUGUGAACGCCUGAUUAAAACAGAUAGGAAGUUGAUUUAUGUUGUUGAACAAGGGGAUGUUAAAUGAUUGUCAGCCAACCAAUGCCUGAUAAACCCAGCAAAUUUUCAUAAGUUUACAGGGACAGGGUGAGCGAGUGUGGCCGAUUAGUUGAAGGAUGAGUUUCAGUGAAAGACAGUUGUGGUAUGGAGGGAAAUUUGCAACGCCAGGCAGAGAAGUAUGUGGAACCAGGUCAUUUGUGAACUUGGUGCUGCCUCAUGAACCGUUCCUUACAGUUUCACGAGCUGAUUUAAUUUUUAUUCAGAUUCAGGUUUCCAAACUAUCAUUCAUUGACUUAUUUAUUUUAAUGUGUGUAUUUUUUUCUGUCAAUUUUGAGUAAUUGUUAUAUGAAAAUGACAAAUUGCAACGGAUAUCUUCAGAGAUGAUGAGAGAAAUGUGGCCUCCAUUUUGUGAUAUUAUUUGGCUUGUCAAUCAUUUUAUGAAACGAUGAUAAGUGAGCCACCAUUUUGUGAUGUAAUAAAGAACGACUGUAUUUUGUAAGGUGGCACAUAGCUACCGUUUUGUGAGGUAGCAUAUUCAUGCAUCGUUUUCGGAGAGCGAAUCAGCACAGAAAAACAGUGUAUUUUACUAAACAUCAAACAUUUCUGACAUCUGCAUAGCUACUCAAAUAAAUAAUGCAAUAUACUAAUUCAGCUUCUGCAAAUUCUCUUCAAUUUAUGUAAUCUACAGUAAUAA